GUAGUUGGUUUGGAGCUCAGUCGUUCAGCGGUAAUUAACGAUGACUACAACACUGUAGUUCCAUUUGACAUACACAAUUUUGCCAUCGCUGACACUUUCAAGUGGCAGAGUUACGUUUUUUAUUUUUUUUUUAACUUUAGUUUAUUCUCUUUUAUUUUUCUUCUUUUCAUUGUCUAUCUAUUUGUUGAUAAAAUCAGCCACUUUGCACCUGUGUUUGUUGCAGCGUGUGUGAGAGCGAUUUAACCAAUUGCAUUAAAAAAAAACUGCUUCCUUCAGUGUUGUUUACCGUCGUCUUCGUCGUCGUCGUCGUCAUCUUUGUCUCAAAUUCGCAUAAGUAAAAAAAAAAAAUUCGUUUGUCAUAAUUGUCAACGAGUUGAAUUCGAUUUGGAAUUGAAUGAAACAGUUUGUGCAUCAAAUAACGCAUACGAAUUGUGUCGAGUCAACAUAUACUAAAAGAAAAAAAGAAAUAAUGUGGACAUUCAUCAACAUUGAAUUCGGCUCAAGCUUUUGAUUUGGUAUGGUUAAUGUUGCCAAGGCGACCAAAAAGACAAAAAGAAAAAAAAAAUUAGCACUCAAGUUCCAAUACAUCAACGAGCAACGCAGCAAUUCAAUUGAUUUUAAAUUGCUUUGAUUGGACAUUAAUACUGAUAAGCAGAUUUCCUCCGGAAAGAGAAACGCCGCAAAUUAAUUUCGAUACAGACGACGCAUAUUUCGGACAAUAAACGUGGUAUUUGUCUUUUAAUCUCGUUUGAAUUGCGCGCAACGAAGCCACACUUCAACAAUGGGCAUCAACAUCGAUUUUAAAUUACUGCCUAUGAAAGUACACUACUUUCUGUUUAAUGCAGGUACCGGAGCUGUGAUACCGUUUAUGCCAGUAUUUGCGCGUCAAUUGGGCUUUUCAACGUUCGUUGUUGGCAUCAUCUAUUACAUACUGCCGAUUUUGGGUCUAAUCAGUAAGCCAUUGUUUGGUGCAAUUGCCGAUCGGUAUCAGCGUCAUAAAUUGAUGUUCGUAAUCUUUAUAUUUCUUACCGUUGGCGCAUUUACAUCUGUAAAAUUUAUUCCACCAAUAUUGAAAUCAACAAAAGUCGAUUAUCAUUGCAAUGAUGGCAUGGCCGAUCUCAAGUAUUGUCCUACUUCAAUAGACCAUUGCGCUGCCGAUUUAUUCAUAAACAAUAUCAACCAAACCACAACCAAAGAGUAUACAUUCGAUCUAAGAUGUGAAGUAAAAGAGGAUUGGAUGUGGGAACUCAUUUGUAAGGAAUGGGAAAAUAGUACAACCGAUUGUAUACGUGACGAAAUCAAUACAAUUCAUCUGAAAUCAUUGGUCAAGCAUGAUCACAUCAAUAAAUUGAAGGAUAAUGGCACCGAUUGCCUGUUUUUCGUACGCACAAAUACCACCUAUAUAAACGGUAAAACCGAUCCCAAAAGUGUCAUCUGCCCAAAGACGACUAAUUUUCCACAUAAAGGCUCAUUUCGAUUGACCUGCACCGGAAGCGUUGACAAUGCAGAUGUAAUGGAUUUGAUCGUUGAACAAUCGGUCAACGAUAACAAUUACACAUCGUAUCCACAGUUUUGGUACUUUUUUGGAGCGUUAGCUGUGAGCUGGAUUGGAAUGGCGGUGGUUGUUAGUGUUGGUGAUGCAAUUUGUUUCCAUUUACUUGGCAAACGUCAUGAAUUGUAUGGCCAUCAACGAUUAUGGGGCGCCAUUGGAUUCGGUACAUUUACAUUGAUAGCCGGCGUUUGGGUGGACUAUGCAUCCGGGCAGAAGACAUACAAAAAUUAUACUGUGAUUUUUUAUUUAAUGGCAGCAGCAUUAGUGCCCAAUACCAUAGUUUCCACAUGUCUUGAGUUCAAACCAAACAAAAUCUCAUCCAGUAUUAUUCGAGACAUCGGGAAAUUAUUUCGGUCAGCAAGAGUUGUUGUGUUCUUCCUGUGGUGCGUCGUAUGUGGCAUGUGCACCGGUGUCAUAUGGAACUUUCUGUUUUGGUUUUUGGAAGAUUUGGCCGAACAACAUGGAGAUUGCAACGGUGAAGGAAAGAUAAAAACAUUGCAAGGGCUUGUGAGUAUUGUUCAAAGUUUUGGUGGUGAGCUUCCAUUUUUCUUCAUCUCUGGUUGGUUCAUAACCAAACUUGGCCAUAUCAAUUCGAUGACAUUGGUGCUAUUUGUGAUGGGCAUACGUUUAUGUUUAUAUUCAUUUUUGACAAACCCAUGGUGGGUGCUACCGAUUGAGUUGACUCAAGGAAUGACAUUUGGUAUAUGCUAUACCGCCAUGGCAAUGUAUGCUAAUGUUGUUGCGCCCAACGGAACCGCAGCUACACUACAGGGUUUAGUUGGUGCUAUAUUCGAAGGUGUUGGAGUAUCAACGGGUUCAUUUAUCUGUGGCUAUUUGAUGGACGUGUACACGGGACGAAUUGCAUUCCGAAUAUUCGGAGUGUCAGCGAUUUGCUUGAGUUUCGUGCAUUAUUUUGUACAAAAGUUUCUCGACAACUUUGGCACGAAGCAUGGUAAGACAUUAAAUAUACUGAAAACUCAGACUCAAACACAAAAUGACUCACACAUUAACGAUGCAUUCACUCCAAGCGAUACAAAUUUAAACAAAACGGAAAUGUUCACGCCGAACGUUGAAACAUGAGAAGCAAAAAAAAAAAACAGCGAAAUCACAAUUCAAUUCAACAUUCACUUUGUUAGUGAUACCAAACAAGAAAUAAACGAGCACAAAUUGUAUUUGAACUCAAUUGAAAGUGAUAAGCCACACCGAAUAUAGUAUUACAAAUUCUGGAAAAAAAAAACAAAUCAUUUUCCAUGAACAAACACACACACAUACUCAAAAUAAAAAGAAGAAAAAACCGGGAAAAAUAAAAUUUAAAUUCACACUCCGAUUGCAACAUGUGUGCCAAAUUUGAUAAGAAAAUAGGCAACAGAACUUUUAGAUGUACAACACAAAAACCAAAAAGGAAGACAUACUGGGAAUUUACUUCCGAAAUGAAAUUAAACGUACUUAUUUCGAAUUUUAUACGACUUAGACUUUAGACAUUUAUGCAUUUUUGUAAAUUGACGCGGUCGAAUAAAAUAAUUGGAUUCGAGCAUACAUUGAAAUGAAAUCAAUAAAAACCGAAAACGAAACAUUCCUUGGUGCUUUGCCCUUCGACUGAUUUUUUCUUCCAUUUUCAUUUUAUUUUUCCCAAAACCAAACAACAACAAAAUUUACUUUCCCUCUUUUUUCGUUCGAAAUUGUCGAUUUCUUAAACAUUUAUUAUUACUUAUUAUUUUCAAAAUUAUCUUUUUAUUUUGGCAAAAAUAUCAUGCAACUUUUUCUUCUUCUUUUUUUAUUCUUUUAGAUUAUCGUUCUGCAGCCAAUGCGAUACCAAAUGACGAUUUCCAAAUGCUGGAGGAUAACGAUUUCUAUUGAAAGCGAAUUGUUGCGAGAAGAAAAAUAAAAUGAAAUGGUGCAAAAUAUUUUAUUUUCCAUGGACUGAUUUUACAGGGGCAUUUAUUGUACUUAAGGAAAUUCCCACAUAGUUUUUUUUCCCUCUCUAUCUCCGUGCAAACCAUGAAAUUGUUUGUUUGAUUUCAUCGGAAUUGUGUAUUUCAUAGAAGCAUGCAAUUUCAAUUUUAUUUAAUUUUUUUUUUAAAUUUAAAAUUGUAUAUAGCUUUAUAUAGUUUGUGUUUCACAUCGAUUGUGAACCAAAUAAUGUGGUGAUGAUCUAUACAGAAUUUCUGUCUCUAUUUUUUUUUAUCCCUUCUCUCUAUCGUUUGUAACAUAUGUUUCGGUCAAUGCAAUUUUAGUGAAUAAGUUAAAUGAUGUAAAAUGAUAUCAUGAAAUGUGUGCUGUAAAACAAACAUAUACAUAUAUUGGUCUUGUGCCUUUUUUUUCCUCCUCAAAUAAAUACAUGCUCGACAUCAUAUCAAUCGAAAAUUUAAAA